AUGCCUAAGAAAGGCCAAGCUAAAGGCAAAGGGAGCUCAUCCACUAGUGCAGCAGAAUCAGCUACAUCUUCCGAUAAGAAAAAGGGCAAGAGUAAAGGUGGCACUGCUGUAAAGGUUCGACAUAUACUAUGUGAAAAACACUCUAAAGUUAUGGAAGCUAUGGCCAAAUUAAAGGAAGGAAUUGCUUUCAAUCAAGUAGCUACGCAAUACAGUGAAGAUAAAGCUAGACAAGGGGGUGAUCUAGGAUGGAUGACUCGGGGAUCAAUGGUUGGACCAUUUCAAGAAGCUGCCUUUAACUUGGAACCUAGCACGGUAGCCAGUCCAUCAUAUACAGACCCACCAGUUAAAACUAAAUUUGGUUACCAUAUCAUUAUGAUUGAAGGGAAAAAGUAG